GUUUCAUGUAUGAAGUGAAGAAAAUGCAUUUAUUUUUACUCUGAAGGAAUGUGCACUCUGAUCACCAACAAAUCAUCAUACUAUUGCUUACUGUGCUGGAAACACUAUAAAGCAGGAAAUAAUUCAUGUAUAUCGAAAGUUUACGUAAGUAAAUGCUUAGUUAACUGCUGUAUAGAUGAUUUAGUACUUUGCUGAGGUUAAUGUGUACAGUUCUUAACUGGAUGGAUAGAUAGAUAGAUAGAUAGAUAGAUAGAUAGAUAGAUAGAUCCCACAAGGGAAAUUAUCAUAUUAUCACAGCCCUUCAGAAGUCUGCAUACUUUUGCUAAAUUUUACUAUAGGCUAAAACAAUACUUUAUUAAAAAUAAGACUUUAAUUUAAAGGGUUGUCAAUGGCUUGCUUAACAGCUUUAUGCAUUGCCCCACUUUGUCAUAAAUGAUCGUGUAGAUAUAAAUUAAACAUUUUUUGUUUAGAGGAUGAGAUGAAAACUCACGUAGGGUUGAAAAAUGUUCCAACUAAAUAUAUCUGAUUAUGUUACGCAUAGUCUGUGCGCGCGCGUUGGGGGCUACUUAAUGUACGCUUGGACUUGCUAUAUGGACCAGCCACCCCAAUGUUUUCCGCUCGUUAAUGACCUCAACGCGCUGUUUUGCAAAAAAAAAAAAAAAAAAAAAAAAAAAAGAAGAAAACAACUUUGACACAAAACACGGGCUCAGAAAUAGGUCGUUGGGCUCGUGCGCGGCACGCACUGCCGGCGCUGCCCUAGUACGGGGCGCGCGCACACCCCGCAUGCCACCGAAAUGAGGCUUUCCAGGGGCGCGUCACGUGACCGCGCUGCCUCCGUCCACGCGGCGAGCAGCGGAGCCAGCACACUGGAAGCGCGUACGUCGUGUCCGCUGUUCCGCUUCACUCGGCGCAUCUACUUGUACGUAUGGCACCUGAGCGGGAGAUGCCGUGAUGGCAGCGCCGAGGAGGGAGACCUGUUCUUGUUCUCCGGAGGAGGCGCGCGGUGCGCCGCUGAGGGGGGAGUGUCUGGCUGCCCGGCGCACUGCUGCUGACAGCAUGUAACGCCAACAACAGCCCGCACCGCCGCUGCUGCUGACCCCGCAGGAAAAACAAACAAACAAACAAACAAACAAACAAGGAAGAAGGAAACAAGAAAGAGGCAAGCAAAAUGCAGAAAGGAGUGCGACUCAAUGAUGGUCAUGUCACCUACUUGGGGCUGCUGGCCAAGAAGGACGGCACGAGACGGGGCUAUCUGAGCAAGAAGAGCUCGGACAACACGAAAUGGCACGCGAAGUGGUUCGCGCUGCUGCAGAACAUGCUCUUCUACUUCGAGAGCGAGUCGAGCUCGCGACCCGCCGGCCUCUACCUGCUGGAGGGCUGCGCGUGCGAGCGCGCGCCGUCGCCCAAGCCGUCGCUGUCCGCCAAAGAGUGCCUGGAGAAACAGUACUACUUCACGGUCAGUUUCAACCAUGACAGCCAGAAAGCCCUGGAGCUGCGAACAGAGGACGUGAAGGACUGUGAUGAAUGGGUGACUGCAAUAACGCAUGCCAGUUACAGGAACCUGGCCACAGAACACGAGAGCCUCAUGCAAAAGUACCUCCAUCUCCUGCAGAUCGUCGAUACCGAGAAAAUGGUUGCUAAGCAACUUCGACAGCAGAUAGAGGAUGGGGAAAUAGAGAUUGAACGUCUAAAAUCUGAGAUUGCUGGGCUGCUGAAAGACAAUGAGAAGAUCCAGUCCAAUCCAGCCGCAGCACCGAGCAACGAUGAUUCAGAAAUCAAGAAAAUCAAAAAAGUGCAGAGCUUCUUGCGUGGCUGGAUGUGCCGUCGGAAGUGGAAGACCAUCAUUCAAGACUACAUUCGCUCACCCCAUGCAGAGAGCAUGCGAAAACGGAAUCAGGUCGUGUUCAGCAUGCUGGAGGCUGAGGCUGAGUAUGUACAGCAGUUACACAUCCUGGUCAACAAUUUCCUGAGACCACUCCGCAUGGCUGCCAGCUCCAAGAAGCCCUCCAUCACCCACGAUGAUGUCAGCAGCAUAUUCCUCAACAGUGAAACCAUUAUGUUCCUGCAUCAGAUCUUCUACCAGGGUUUGAAAGCAAGGAUUGCAAGUUGGCCUACGCUUGUCCUGGCCGACCUCUUCGACAUCCUGCUGCCCAUGUUGAACAUCUACCAGGAGUUUGUGCGAAAUCAUCAAUACAGUCUGCAGAUUCUAGCACAUUGCAAGCAGAAUCGUGACUUCGACAAACUGUUGAAACAGUAUGAGGCCAAGCCUGACUGUGAGGAAAGGACACUGGAGACCUUCCUCACCUACCCAAUGUUCCAGAUCCCACGCUACAUUCUAACUCUCCACGAACUGCUGGCUCACACCCCUCAUGAACAUGUUGAGAGAAACAGUUUGGAAUAUGCAAAAUCUAAACUGGAGGAGCUUUCCAGAAUCAUGCAUGAUGAGGUCAGUGAGACAGAAAACAUCAGGAAGAAUCUGGCCACUGAGCGCAUGAUUGUGGAAGGCUGCGAGGUUCUGCUGGACACAAGCCAGACCUUUGUCAGACAAGGCUCGCUGAUCCAGGUGCCAAUGAGCGAAAAGGGCAAGAUUCCCCGAGGGCGCCUGGGAUCGCUAUCGCUAAAGAAAGAAGGGGAACGCCAGUGCUUCCUGUUCUCCAAGCAUCUGAUUAUCUGCACCAGAGGCUCUGGAGGGAAGUUGCACCUGACUAAGAAUGGAGUGGUCUCGCUCAUUGACUGCACCCUAAUGGAGGAGCAAGAGGGGACAGAUGAUGAGUCAAAAUUGGACAAGAGUGGGCAAGACAUGGAGCAUCUGGACUUCAAGAUUGUUGUUGAGCCCAAAGAUAGCCAGUCUUUCACGAUAAUCCUAGUGGCAUCCUCGCGCCAGGAGAAGUCUGCCUGGACUAGUGACAUCAGCCAGUGCAUAGACAAUAUCCGCUGCAACGGCCUCAUGAUGAAUGCCUUUGAGGAGAACUCUAAGGUCACUGUGCCACAGAUGAUCAAGUCAGACACCAGCCUUUACUGUGACGAUGUGGAUAUCCGCUUCAGCAAGAUGAUGAAUUCGUGCAAGGUGUUGCAGAUCCGCUAUGCCAGCGUGGAACGGCUGCUGGAAAGACUGACGGACCUACGCUUCCUCUCUAUUGACUUCCUCAACACCUUCCUGCACUCCUACCGUGUGUUCACAAGCGCUGACAUUGUGCUGGACAAGCUCAUCACCAUCUAUAGGAAGCCCAUUAGUGCCAUCCCUGCCCGAUCCCUGGAGCUGUUCUUUGCCAGCAGCCAGAACAACAAACUGCUCUUUGGAGAGCCUCCAAAAUCUCCAGGGACCAGCCGCAAAUUCUCCUCCCCUCCCCCACUCUCCAUCACCAAGUCCUCUUCCCCAAACCGCCGUCGCAAGCUGUCGCUUAACAUCCCCAUCAUCACUGGGGGGAAGGCACUGGACCUGGCCACUCUUAGUUGCUCUCCCAACGGCUAUGCAAGCAUGUACUCCUCCAUGUCGCCCUUUAGCAAGACAACACUGGACAUCAGCAAGCUCUACAUAUCCAGCACUAUGUCCAGCAAAAUCCCUGAUGAGACUGACGCCAAAGCAGACAGAGUGGAGGAGUCAUCUCACUGUAAACAGGAUAUCACAGCGAAGGGGGAGUGUGAUAUCAACGAAAGCAAUGGAGAUGAAGAUGAAAUGGAAGCAUCACCCACUAAGUCGCCCACCAAGUCUCCUACGAAAUCGCCUACCACUCCCAAAAAUCUGAAAAGCAAAAGUUCUUCAGAAUUCUCCUUAUUUUCCCACAACAACGGGAUGGUUGUGUCGUCCUGCCGAGAGCUGGAUAAUACUCGCAGCACACUAUCGGCUGCCUCUGCCUUUGCCAUUGCCACCGCUGGAGCCAAUGAGGGCACACCCACCAAAGAGAAGUACCGUCGUAUGUCCCUGGCCAGCACAGGUUUUCCCACUGACCAGAGGAAUGGGGAUAAAGAGUUUGUCAUCCGAAGGGCUGCCACAAACCGAGUUCUCAACGUCCUUCGACACUGGGUGUCCAAACACUCUCAGGACUUUGAGAGUAACACUGAGCUGAAACGGAAAGUGAUCAGUUUCUUGGACGAGGUGAUCCAUGACCCGGAGCUCCUUACCCAGGAAAGAAAAGCAGCAGCCAACAUCAUAAGAACGCUGACCCAGGAGGACCCAGGGGAUAACCAGAUCAGUCCGGAGGAGAUGACACAACUUCAGUCACAAGGUGGCAAGGCUGAACCAUUUGAGUGUCACUCUGCCCUGGAAAUUGCAGAGCAGCUGACUUUGUUGGAUCACCUGGUGUUCAAGGUCAUUCCAUAUGAGGAGUUCUUUGGCCAAGGCUGGAUGAAGAAUGAUAAAAAUGAGAGGACUCCCUACAUUAUGAAAACUACAAAACAUUUCAAUGAUAUCAGCAACCUGAUUGCUACAGAGAUCCUACGCUCAGAGGAAGUGAACACGCGAGUGGCAGUCGUAGAGAAGUGGGUAGCAGUGGCUGAUAUCUGCCGUUGCCUACACAAUUACAACGCAGUGCUGGAGAUAACUUCCUCCCUGAACCGCAGCUCCAUCUUCCGUCUGAAGAAGACCUGGCUAAAGGUUUCGAAGCAGACAAAGGCAGUGAUUGACAAACUUCAAAAGCUUGUGUCAUCUGAGGGAAGAUUUAAGAAUUUAAGGGAAGCAUUAAAGAACUGUGAUCCCCCUUGUGUCCCCUACUUGGGGAUGUACCUCACAGACUUGGCCUUCAUUGAGGAGGGGACCCCUAACUACACAGAGGACAAUUUGGUCAACUUCUCCAAAAUGAGGAUGAUUUCCCAUAUAAUCAGAGAAAUCAGACAGUUCCAACAGACAGCUUAUAAGAUUGAUUAUCAACCAAAGGCUGCACAGUACCUGCUGGACCCAAGUUUGAGACUGGAUGAAGAAAGCCUGUAUAAAGCUUCUCUCUGGAUUGAGCCAAAAAUGCCAGCCUGAGGAUGAUUGAGCUUCCCUUGAUUUCUGGCCACUAGUACAGACACAAUAUCAUAUGUAUAUAUACUGUUUCUUUGUAUUGCAUCAUGUUAUAUAUGUCCUUUUAGUAUGUGUUUCUGGAAGAACCCACAUACUGUUGGUAUGAAAUCUUAUUUAGAAGCCUAACCUGCUUCUAAAAAUUCACUUUAAACCAUAUUUCUUAUCUACAGUUGCAUAUGAACAUGUAAUAAAGUUAUUUUCUAUUAUAAUGAAAAUUCCAAAGUAAAGUAAAAAUAACUAUUGGUCCAUUUCACGUAAUCAUAGUUACAUUACAAUGAUCAUCACUUUAUUGAACUACGAUCAUGGUAAUGCUACUUUUGGAGAAUGGACCCAGUGGCUGUUCAGUAUGUUCUCAGCAACAUACUUUCCAAAUUCAAUUACAAUGUGAAGGUGUAUUUUAAUACUUAACCAUUAAAAUUUAUUUCUAAGCUAUUUUUACAUUGCAUUCUUUAUAUAAGAUUAAAUCUUGAGCAUUUUAAGUAACGUUAAUUGAUUUAAGUAUCUUUAUUUUAGUAAAGAAAAAAAUACAGUUCUUGUGUUUUACUGCAGCUGAUGUAGCAAUUUAAAAAUUAAACAAAUAUGGACAUACUCAUAUGUAUUAAUAAACCAAAUUAAAUCAACAGCUUAAACCCACACUAAUAAUCCAGUAAAGAGUGGCUGAUAAAAACUUUGAAGCCAUGUACUACUUACUUGAUUUCUUGCUUAGCAAUUUUUUUUAGUCUAGUUUGUAAUUUUAUUUGUGAUUUGUGCAACAAUUUCAGCUGGUGACAAUUUGAAAAUGUAGGGUUCUAUUUUACAUACAUUAUAACUCUCACAUCUGGUUAUCACACAGAUUCAAACCACUGAAACAACUGUUUGAAAAUUGAUAUCACUUUUACCAAUGCCAAAAACAUUCAAAACUUUUUUUGGUGUGCAGAUAUUUUUAUAUACAGCUGAAGUGAAAGUGACUUUCUUGCUUUAAAUUGUUUUAAUGAUUUUGCAUGGUAACAAAACUAAAUGAACCCAAUUAAACAGGACAUCAGUUGGGAAAACUUUGGUCACUCACAAGAUCUUUGAUUUUCACUCUACUCUCAGAUUUUCUUCACUGUGGACACUGGAAAAACCAAUUCCUAAAUCAACAAACCUGCAGAUAUAAGGAGAUGCAGUAUUUUUUGGCAAUAAUGUGUUAAAUGAAUUAUUUUCAUAAAAUGUAUGUUUGUAGAAAAGGCUACAUUAAAAACACAUUUACACUUGUAGUGUUACAUUGUUGAAACCCAUUAUUUCAACUUUUAUUAUGAUAGAAGGACAUGCUACAUUGGAAAUAAGACAAAAACAACAUAACAGUGGGCUGGAACAUACAGUACCAUAGAAAAUAAUUCCUACAUUGCUACAUACUUGUACUUUGUGAACAUUUACUCAUUUAGCUGAUACUCUGCUCCAAAGCAACUAUAAUGCUAAGCUACCUAGUUAUUUACUUAUUUGUACCGCUGAGCAAUAUAACCACACUAACUUCAGGAUAAGUACUUUGCUCAAGGGUAGUAUAGGUGAGAUUCAAACCUAUGACCUUUUGAUCUAAAGUCAGCAGAUUGACCCACUAUGCUACCAGCUGACCAUCAAAGUUCAUGUAAUGAAAAUGUUAGUAUUAAAUGUGUAAUAGUGUAGAAGUACAAACCUACAAAGCACACCUCUUUACUGCUUAAAAAGUUAAAUGCUACUCAGUUGAUGAGACUUAGAAUUAUCAGAAUUACAGAUGACUUUCAUCCGUUUUGCAUAUAUUGUAAGCCUGUGUACCUAUUCUCCAGAAGAAAUACUGUAAUGUACCCUUUAUUUUGUGAAUAAUUGUAGGGUUUUUAAAAUGUAUGGUAUAAAAACACAAUGGUCAUGUGGCAAGCAUGCUAUAAUGAAACUGUCUUUACACCUAUAUAUAGCUAUACAUAUUGUACACACAUUUACACAAACAUUCACCUGUGACAAAUGUAUAAACACUUUUUUGCUCUGAGCAAUACUCAGUGGUAUAAGAAUUAUCUUUGAAUUUUUAUUUCCAGUUUUCAGUUUUGUAUUCAAAUGUAUGUUUCCUGAUUACCUCUUGCAAAUAAAUUUAUUCUAUCUCAGGGCAAAUGUGGUCUUUAUGCAUUUUCUCUAUGACGAAAUUUCAUAAGACAUUUAGUAGACAGUUUAUUACAAAUAUUUUUCUAGCAGAC